AUGAAAAAACUUUUCUCAAGAUUCAAGCAUUCGAUGCGGAUUCCUGCGUCUACCUCGGAUCCAACUCCCGCGGCGACGGCAGGUCAAGUCGGCUCUAUGCAAACACCUGCACGAGGAAAGCUCCAGAAACGGGUGGACUGCGAUAUACUGCAUCGCAAUGCACCGGUGGAAGAUCUUCCACCCGAAGUUCGGCAUCACCUCCUUUCUAUGCUGGAACUUGAAACACUUUGGGCCUUGGUCCACGCGUCUCCUGUCUACCACCAGCAGUAUCUGUCAGCUCGCAGACGCUUACUCUGCAGUGGCUUGGAGACAACAUUGCGCAGCGCUACUAGCGACGCUUGUGCUGUUUAUCAGUCCCGCUUGGUCGACUUUUCUCACUCGCGCACUAAAGAGAAAGUCAAUAUGUUUCUUCAAUCCUACCAGGACCAGCGGGAUACAUCCCUGCAUUCAGUACCGAGCGAAAUGGCUAAUGUUGAUGAGCUUGUGGACGUAGCAGCGUUCUACUUCUCAAUUGUCAAACCACUCGCACAGUACUACACUAGCUGGACGUUGGGUAAUCUUGCCAUAGAGACGGAUAAGCCACGAAGUGACGAGCCUCUAAGCAAGAUGGAGGAGGCACGACUGAUACGUGCCCUGUAUCGGUUUCAGCUCUGCUGUAACCUGUUGGGAGUGGGCCUCCACAAAUCCUCACAAAUCCAAAGACUGAGUUUCGACUCUGUGGAAAUCGGGACAAUAUUCUUAGACUUAUUCGAGCCUUGGGAGGUCGAGGAAAUCUCCUGUAUCUAUACCUUCGCUAAAGAAAGAUAUAACCAGAUCUUUAACGACAUCCGCUGGAAUGUCCACGAAGAGAACCCCAAAUUUGAAGGACAACGGCCACCCACCCCUGAAGGAGCAUUUGACCUAGAUAAUAGUUGGACCAGGGAUAGUCUCCUGAAAGGAACAAUCUCUUGUGGUCUUGAUCUCUUACACAUGGUCAUCUUUGAGAUAAAGGACCACACACAUCUAGUCACGACGAUGCAACAGCACAUAUCUUGGCCGACAGGCAACUUCCUUGAAGGUGAAGCCCUAGGUGAAUCGGCACAGUUCCAGCGACGCCAGGAGCAUCCCUCGAAUUGGGACCUGCGACAAGAGAGACGCGACCCACUGCCUUUCCAAGGGGAUGAAGUACCCGAUCCAAACGGAGUACACCCACCUCUGGCCUGGACUCUGAUAUGGAGGGGAUCCUACAGCAACCUAUAUGGAUACUACGUGCAGGAUAUUAUCCGCCGCUGGGGAUAUGUUAUGUGGCAUGCGACGCGACUUGACUACACCGGUGCAAAAGAGCUUUUGGCACGACAAUGGAAGGCGGAUUGGGGGGACACUGAUCCAAGAGAUAACCUGCUGUAG